AUGUACUGCCGUCCACAUUUGCAGCACCUCUUGGGAACCAAGCUUUCAAAGAAGGCGGAUUCUGUGCACCUAGCGGAGGAACUCCUCCUAUUCCUCGAAGAAAUUCUCCCCGCCUGUGGCCGUGGCGGAAGUUCUGCAAGUGAACUUGGUCUCUUGAGGAACGUUCUUCGGUCAAAACUUUGGCAGCGAGAACUGCCCAACUUAUUGGACGGUUCUGAUGACACUGGAAAGGGCAGCCUCAAUGCCACUGCCAAGAAGCUAGUUGACCAGAUUUUGGAAGCACGUCCUAUGGAAGCAUACCUUUUGAGAUCAGUCUUUCUCGCGACAGGAGAAGGCCGUGUAAGUUCUUUGAUUGCCAUGAUCAAUGCAUUGAGCGACCGUUUAGCCUGUGAAGAUGGCCUAGUACAGUGGGCUUCUUCUCGCAGACAGCUCCCGCUGGUGCCUCACAUCCUCGCAGAGGAUCUAUCAGACCUCCAGGACUUGCCAGAAGUGUCCUGGAUGUAUGAGACAAUGUCGGAUUAUUUGGAGACCUACUUCCGGCUUCUGCGAGCAGACUGCUUUCUGCCGCUGCAAAAGGGAAUUCGAGAUUUCCUCAACGGGGAUGCAACAGACAUGCGUGUGUUCCGUGCGUCGGUGUCGGAGUUUCAUUUGGUGCGGGGAUCCAAGGGCUUAGUUGCUUCGAUGGAGGUGACAAAUAUGUUCAAGCAUCCAGUGCCGUUCCCCACCCGGGUUCUCAUGCCAAGCAACUUGGUGUGCAUGUCUCUUAGCGAAGAACCAUUUGCAGAAGUCCUUUGGGGCAGAGUUGCUGAAAGGCCAUCAGACAAGAACGUGCAGAAGAAGACAUCAAUGACCGUAACGAUUGAGUUUCUGGACGAUCUGAAUCGGAUCGACAGAAGUAGCUUCAUCUCAUGCUUAUUGGCGCCUCCACCAGGUGGCCUAUUGUUGGUGGAGAGCCCGGUCAUGUUUCUAUCUUUUGGUCCAGUCUUGCGGCGGUUGCAGAGCUUGACCGGAGGAGAACAUGGAACUGUUCCCCUUGGCUCUAGCCUGCUGGGACUUCCGAAGAGUGCAAAGGAAGCGCGCAAGGAGCUUCCAUGGAGCAGAUUUACGAUAAGAUCUUUGGAGAAAUCCAUUGAGUCAGGUGAGAACUCCUUCGAUGCAUCCCAGCGACAAGCAUUGGAGGUCAUCCUCACCUCCACCCUUUCAGUCGUCCAAGGGCCUCCUGGAACUGGGAAGAGCUUCACUGGCGUGCAGGCCAUUCGACAUCUUCUCAAAGUUCCAGCUUCCUUGCUAUCAGAGUGCCUGGAACCUCGACGCCCUUACAUUCCCCCACAGCGUGGCUUGAGUUCUCCGCCCUUUGACAGCUCUGACUCUGAAAGUGAUCUCACUUUCUCCAAUCCGUCUGAGUCUGAGUUGAAUCAGACAAAGAAACUGCGAGUGUUGGUUUUGACCUACAAGAACCACGCGCUUGAUGAAUGUCUUCUGGACUGCCUCAAGCACUGCCCUGGUGCUGAUGUUGUUCGCAUUGGUGGUCGCUGCGAGAGUGAGGAGUUGAAGGGCAGGAAUCUCCAGAUCCGCAGCAAGGAGAAGAUCAAGGAUCGAGCGGUGGGGAAGAUGCUUCGAUCUUUGAUCCUUCGCAAGGACGAGUUGAAACCACAGAUCCAGAGGGCGCUGGAUGACCUGUCAGUCAAGUUGGAUCCAUUUCAACUGUUUUGGCAGCAUUCGCCUCCACAGCAAAAGUUAUCGCUGCUGCAUGGAUGCCAGUUGGCUUCCGGAAAUCGCCCAGCCAACCAGAGGCAUCGUCAUCAGCAGCAGCAUGAGAGAAUCCGUGAAAGCAUUGUACAUGGAGACGACUCCGCCCCACAAGAGUUCCAGAGUUGCUUUCAGAAAUGGUGUCCAUUUGCGCCUCGUGAGAGCAUGGCUGUGCAGCCUCCAAAAGCCGUGCUGAAGGAAACCGACUUAAGUGAUGAAGAAGCAGAAGAUGAAGUCAAAGAGCGUCAGGCCCUGCAGGAACGCCUUGAGAAGUUGUGCACUUGGACUCCAGGCACUCUGAAGAACAUUUCCGUUUUCUCACCACCUCCAGCAAAGGCUUCAAUCGUAGCCCGGGGGCCCGAUGCGGGCUACACGACCGACGUGUGGACUUUGGAUACCGAAAGCCGGGCACGACUGCUAGGCAUGUGGCUGCAGAGCGAGACUAGCAUCUCCUGGCCCUUGGUGGAAGCUCUUUGCAAGGAGAAUGACGAAAUCCAAGCACGGAUCAAUGAAUUGGAGAGACAUCACAUGGCAGGCAUUCUCAGAGAUGCUGACAUUGUUGGUUGCACGAUCAGCGGCGCUUCCAUCAGGUGCGAUUUGCUGGCAGAUGUUGAUUUCCCAGUUGUCCUUGUGGAGGAAGCUGCCGAAAUUCUGGAGCCACAAUUGCUCGCAGCACUGCCCCCGUCCUGCAAGCAGCUGAUCUUGAUUGGAGACCACUUCCAACUCAGACCAGCGAUACAGUCAUACCAGCUGGGCCGCGAAAGGAAUUUCGACCGAUCGAUGAUCGAACGGCUCUUUGCCAGUGAGGAGGCGGACUACCCCAAAGCCACGCUGAACAAGCAAAAUCGGAUGCGCGAUGAGUUUCUGGGUUUGUUGAGGCCCUUCUACCCAAAAUUGCAAACAAACCAUCAGCGGAUCAGGGAUAACCAGAUGCUCACCAUGGCUGGGAAGUCAAUGUUCUUUGUGACAAUGAGGAGCUUUUCAGAAGUAGAAGCUACAGAGAGGCGCAGCCCAACCAAUCCGGAAGAAGCCAAGAUGAUCACGGCUUUUUGCCAGCACAUUCUUCGAGAAGGCUACAAAGCAACAGAGAUAUCCGUGCUUUCCAUGUACACCGGCCAAGUCUCAUUGCUGCGCAGUUUGCUGAGGAAUGCCCGGUUGGAAGAUAUUAAAUGUUCCUCUGUGGACCGCUAUCAAGGCGAUGAAAACAACUUUGUGCUCGUUUCCUUGGUCCGUUCCAACGCCCAAGCAAAGGUUGGCUUUGUCUCUGAGAGGAAUCGCCUCAUUGUAGCCCUCUCAAGAGCCAGAUGCGGAGUGUAUCUCUUUGGUAAUGAUGAGAUUCUGAAGAGGAAGUCCAAGGAAUGGCGAGAGGUUCUGAGUUUUUUGAAUGAUCAAGGAUGUGUCGGGCACAAGCUUCCACUCCUUUGCCCUCGUCAUCCUGAUGUGAUGCUCGAGGUUGGGCAAGAAUGUCACCACGUGUGCGAUGAAGAACUGGACUGCGGCCAUAGAUGCCAUCAAGCUUGCCAUAGGGAAGGAAACCAUCCUAGGUGUGACCAAGAAGUGGAGGUCACUCUGGCAUGUGGCCACAACCGCUCCUGCAAGUGCUGGGAGAAGAAUGAGGCUUUUGAACAGAUCAGGUGUUCCCAGCUGGUAGAGUUCCAUCAUGAGAUUUGCGAACACUUUGAUAUCAGAAAGUGCUGGGACAAGAAAAAGCGAUGCGAAACUGCAGUGGCCAUGUGUUGCGACAACUGUGGAGAGGAGAGCGAGGUUCAAUGUUGGGUGAAGAAAGACUCUCCAGAGAGCUUCCGGUGCAGCAAGCCUUGCACGAGGAAAAUGAGCUGUCAUCAUCCUUGCUACCUGCAAUGCUAUGAGGAGUGCGACAACGGCAUGGAUGAUUGCAAAGUGUGCGAGGCAGAGAGGGAGAAGGUGAGGAAAGAGAAGUUGGAAGAGAUUGCCAAGGAACUCCGUGAGAUCAUUUCGCCGGACUACGUGAGCAUCGAAGAGAUCCACCUCGACGGCUGCAGUGAGCACGCUGAAGUUCAGCAGCAACUAAAGACAUACUUCCCAGAAGCUCAUUGGCAAAUCACUCUGGAGGAAUGUCACCGAAUCAAGAACAACAACCUGCGAAAGAGGUUUCUGCAGCGACACGAGUCUAUUCAAUGCCCUUCGGAGCCGAAGUUGCUUUUCGUUGAGUUGGCUUCUGCGGAAGAUGCCAAAUUGGCUGCAGAAGCAGGCUUGGCACUUGGGCUUGGCACACGACAGAAGAAGAGGGGUGGAGGUCAAGGAAGGACAAUCCAAGCACGGCAGGCGGACUUCUUUCUGUCCACAAGGCUGGAGAAGCGGCAAGUGGGGAAGAACCCGAGAAAAAUACACCUGGCCUUGUGUCGGGUGCAAUUGGGGCGUGUGUACGACAUUGGUGUUCGGCAACAUCGACGCAAACUAGAUGACAAACUCGAGGAAGGCUUUGACUCGGCAUAUGACAAGGAGAGUUGCUGCCACAGGCUGCGGCAAGCAAACCUCCAGUUGGCCUUGCCAAUCUUCACCAUGGAACUUUUUGUCAAGCCGAAAUACAAUGCUGCAGAAAUUCCUCCUUAUUGGAGCGGGAAGGUGGGUCUACCCUUUGGUGUGGUGCCAGUGAGUCCUGAGGAACAUGCAGCUCUGAAAGAAGCCUUGCGGCCUGGAGGGACGUUAGGAGGCCGAGACCAGAGGGAAAGCGGAGAAUAUUCCGGCUUUAGAUUGAAGGCUGCCUGGCGUCUUGAGCACCCAGGCCUGUGGGGCAAAUAUAUCGCAGAGAAGCUGAAUAUGACGAAUCAGCUCGAAAUUCUUUAUCCUACCUCGGCCAUCACCCAAAAUCAGAUCAGAGAUGAAGACAGCCACCAAGAAGCUUCCGGCGGAGCUGGACGGUGGAGUCAAUGAAGUGUACCUCACCCACGGCACCAGUCCGGAGAGCCUGUUGAGCAUCCUACAAGGUGGACUCAACGAGCGUUUCUCUGGCGGUCUUUUUGGCCAGGGCACUUAUUUGGCAGAGGAUGUUGGGAAGAAUGACCAGUAUUGCACUAAAGACGCCAAGUACGGUGAUCAAAAGGAACUUCACAAACACCUGUUUGACAUUCCCAAGGCUGCACGGGUAUCUUGAGUUUGUCGUCAUGUGCAGAUGACGGGGAAACCAUGUAGGUCUAGGUCGUUGUUAGCAUCAUUUGAUUGCUCAAUAAGUUGCCUAGCCGGCUUGUGAAAGAAGUUUGCACAGGGCCAACCUCUGAGGUGAACCAUCCCACCAAUGUCUACUACGUUCUGUUCUGCCGAGUACUGCUAGGCCACUUUAUCCAGACCAAGGAUGGCGACACUGAGCUGGGUGAUGGCCGGAGUGUUUGGUCGAAAAAAGAGCGCGAAUUGGCGGCAAUCAAGGGAUCCAGUCCUCCUGUACUUCACCAUUCCUUGCUGGCAGAGACUGGUGGAAGGAUUCAUCGAUACCGAGAGUUUCUGUUGUAUCACAGCGACAGAAUCUACCCGGAAUAUGUGGCAGCGUACUGGCGCAAUUGAAUCAACUCGCGGAGAUCUAUGCACAAGGAAGAUAUAUAUAUAUAUAUUAUAUGCUAUAC